UUAUAUUUUAGAGCUUAUGACAAUGAACGAAUACAUUCAACAACUGGGACAGUCACAGUGUUUCUACAAGAUGUAAAUGACAACCCACCUUGAUGCUCACAGGAUAUUUACAUAUUGGACCUACACAUCUGGAUUUUGAUAAUGCUAUUUUUGCAGGAAUGCAUUUCAAAUAUACAUUGUUUGUGAAAGUGUCUGACAAGGGAAGUCCUGUACUAUCAACAAUCAUUACAGUCAUCGUAAGUGUGAGUUGCAUAAAUGAACUGAAUCCAGUUGGAACUGCAUCGGCAUUCACCUUCAGUGUAUUUGAAAAUAGUCCAGUUGAUACACUAGUUGGAAAAGUUACAUUUAUUGAUGCAGACUGGUCAUUUAAUAAUAUGAAAUAUACCAUUGUUGGAGGCAAUUUAGGAACACCUCCCAAAUUUUACAUUGAACCAGAUACAGGAGUGAUAAAGCUAUUAGAUUCACUAGACAGAGAAAUUGAAUCACAGUACAAAAUAUCUGUGAGAGUAACAGACUUGGACAAUGAUGCCAUCCCUGACCCUUUCAAGCAGAGAAGUGGUACUGCUCAUGUGACCAUCAAUGUUCUGGUAAGAAUGAGUCACUGCUUGUGA